AUGAAAUUUGCUGAGCGACUGAGGGAGUCGUCUAUUCCGGAGUGGAGAGAUAAGUACCUUGACUACAAGCUUGGGAAGAAGAAGCUUAAGUCGUACAAGGAAAAGCUCAAGGCAAGCCGUGCGCUCUCUGUGAGACCGACGCAGCGGUCGCGGGCGCGCGAUGAGCCGUACACGAUGCAGCAGGAGGACGCGGUGUACGAGUUUGUCAUGGGAUGGGUGAUCGGCACGGAGCUAGCGAAGUGCGAUGAGUUCUACCAGUGGCAGCUGGACCAGUGCGAACGCAAGUACCAGCUGCUGAAGCAGCAGAUCGAGAUGUACUGCCUGCAGAAAGACGAGAACGGCGCGGGUUUAUCUUACGGUGCGACGUACGAGGGGCAAGAGGAGACAGGCCUCGCGGCGCAGCUCUCGGCAGGGCGCUCUCCAUCGCCGUCGCGUGCCGGCCGCCUGGACCGGGCGCAGGAAGGCGUAAAGCGUUGGUUGCAGGAGCGGGAUCUGAUGCCCUCGCUGCCAGCCAGGUGGUCCCGGGAGCAGGGCCCGGCGCGGGUCAAGAAAUACUCCGCGAACACCGAGACGUUCAUGCACAUCUGCCCCUCGAAGCGGCAGGCACAGCUGCAGCUGGGCCACGCUCUGCUUGAGUACUACCUAACGCUCCAGCUGCUGAAGAAUUACCGGGAUCUGAAUGUGACGGGCUUUCGGAAAAUCGUGAAGAAGUUUGACAAGACAUGUGACACAGAGGAACUCUCAAAGUUCAUGAGUUAUGCUAACGAACACUCGCCUUUGUUCGAGCAUAUGGGCCAGAAUCUGCGCCUCUAUGCGAACAGCUUUAAGGCUUCCAAUUCCUUAUGCCAACCGGCUGCACGAAUGAACAGUUCGCCAGAAAAGGAUCCUGUCACUUACUGGGAAGAUCAGGUGUUCCAGUGGUACACGGAAGCGCUGACGGAAUCCACACAGGCUCGAAAACACCAUGUACAAAAGUUACGCAGUUUAUCCCUACAAUACUCUAUGAAUGAGCAGAUAGUGCAUCGGAAUAAUACGUGUGUCGUACAAAUGUUCACUGCUGGUUCUCUUUUAGGCGUGGCUGUAGUUCUGGUCAUAAUUGCUCUGAUGCUUGGAAUCAGAGCUGAUAUCAGUAGCUACCGGCACUUGAUACUGUUCCCAGUGUGGGGCGGCUGGUACUUGGUUCUCCUCAUGUCAUUACUAUUCUGCUUAGACUGUUAUAUCUGGUUUCGUGGGAAGGUUAAUUACCAGUUCAUUAUGUUUGGAGAGAUUCAUUCUCGUAAAGGGAAUACGGUAUUUAACAACGACUUCUCCACUACUAAAAUUUCAGGCCAUCUGUACAUGGUUUCCUUGGCAUUCAUCACCGUCGGCGCAGUGUCCCUUUGCAGUAUGGUACGCGCAACCCUGGCUCCUUGGCUAUGGCUUUGUGCGUUACUGUUCGCACUUGGUUUUUCUAUGUCUUCCUUCAUUCUGCCUUACUGGCGUGAGCUGCGAAAGACGCGCCAGUGGCUCAUAGUAACAGCCAUCAGGCUAGUGUUUUCCGGAGCAUAUCCCGUUCAAUUUGGUGACUUCUUUCUUGGCGAUAUUGUCUGCUCCUUAACUUAUUCUAUGGCAGAUGUUGCAUCCGUGUUCUGUGUCUUCUCUGGUAAGAAAUAUAAUAUGUGUGGCUCGUCAAAUUUAAUAUCCAUGGGCGUUCUGUCGUGCAUACCAAGUUACUGGAGAUUGAUGCAGUGUUUAAGAAGAUACCUGGAUUCCAAUGACCGAUUCCCGCACUUGUUAAAUGGCGCCAAGUAUGCAGUCGCGAUACUUUAUAAUGCCUGUCUUUGCGCAUAUCGUAUCAAUAAAUUACAUCACUCAUAUCGCAGUUGGUUUAUUGCUGCAGGCAUAAUAAAUUCGGUCUUUAGCUCCAUCUGGGACUUGGUGAUGGAUUGGUCACUAUUUCAAUUCCAAUCCACGAACUUUCUUUUGAGAGAUGACCUAUACCUUGCUGGUAAGCGCAAUUGGCAGACGGGUCAGUAUUCGAAGAGGCGGAAGGCCAUGUAUUACGUUUCAAUGAUAUCGGAUGUGGCCAUUAGAUUCCAGUGGAUUGUGUACGCUAUUGCCCCGAGGGUAAUCCAGCAAAGUGCUGUCACUUCUUUCAUAUUAGGGAUCCUUGAAGUUGUUAGAAGAUUCAUUUGGAUUAUCUUCCGGGUAGAGAAUGAGCACGUCGCCAACGUCCAUUUGUUUAAGAUCACCGGAGAGACUCCACUUCCAUACCCAAUUUCUCCCUCACGUGCUUUAUCCACUUCCACUGUGCAUGAUAAACAUGCCCUACCCAGCACUAAAAACUCACAUGAAGAUCUUGUUUUGUAUGCUUCUGUGAGACAUCCCGAAGUGUUGCACAUGCGCCAUCGUGCACCUUCAAUACUAAGUAACAUUCCUUGGGCACAUGCAAAAGACUUCCAGAGGCCAUCUACAUCCUCUCUUCCCCGUACUAGCAGCGGUAUCGACUUUGACGAUGACGAUGAGGACGAGGACGACGAGGAUGAUUUCGAUGAUGAACAAGAUAGAGUCAUUGAUGGACAACAGAAGAAGCCAAACUCUGACUUGAAUUGA